UUUAAUAAUAAUAAUAAUAAUGAUAAUGAUGAUGAUGAUGAUGAUGAUGAUGAUGAUGAUGAUGAUGAUGAUGAUGAUGAUGAUGAUGAUGAUGAUAAUAAUUGUAAAUCUCAAGUAUCAAAUAAUUGAAAAAUUAACAAACGAGAUUAAAUGAAUAAAUAAAAUCGUUUAUCAGUGGGAAGUGGACGAGAUUUGCAUGACAGAGAAUCCAUGCUAACCCCCAUUCCAUUUAGAUUUUUUUUUUAAACAGUACCAGGUAAAAUAUAACCCGGAUGUUGCAGAACAUUUAUUCAUCUGGAUUUUCAAUAGUAAGAUGUCUUUACUUCGCCGUCCACAAAUUCACGAGUUUUCCUACAUGUACUUAAAUUCAGAUUGCUUUUAAAACUGUGUGAAACACAUUUAUAUAAACCUGAGGCUAAUUUUAAGGUCCACAAAAAUUUUGCUGCCCUUUGGAUUUCAAUUAUUUACAUUUUUUUUGUUCCUUAUUGAAUCGUACAAAAAAUAAUGCUAUUGGAAAUCAUGAGUGUUAAAUGGUAUCUAUAUCGGAGUACCGGGGAAAGAUGUCACAUUUACUUGAACACACGUUUGUUUUGGCGGCACUUCGUACAUGAUUUCACUCGUUCGGUCCAAAGUCACACGUCAAGAUGUUCCAAUUUGAAAUGUUCAGGGAAACCGUAUUAUUAUUUUAUAGGUAUAGUGCGAAGUAAAGGAAAUGCUUCGACCGAUGCACAAAAAUGCGUAUUCAAAGCUCUAAAAGAAAGGCUAUCAAGAGCGAGAUCGAUGUAUUUUAGCUACAUGUAAAAUCCAUCGCGUCUCAAAAAAAAUCUUUUGAUUUCAAAUGAAUACUUACAUUUGUUUUGCUAAGUCUGAAAAUGUUCUCGCGUUUAAUUUAACAGAAUGCUUUUUCUUUUGUAUUCUUUUCUCAGGGCACUUAUUUUUAUCCAUUUAUUUAUUUUUUUUUUGGCAAUAUUCUACUUGAAGCUGCAGUGACCUUAGGACUGUAGAGAGUAGAUAACCCCACAAACAGAAAUAUCUCUUUUACUUUUCAUGCGACGAGGCAAGUGAAUGCCUGAAUGUGUACCUGGGUGCGCACGGCAGCUAUAGUGUUCUGUUCUGGCUGACAUAAUAUGACGUACAUCUUGGGAGCAAACAUACAACCUAGGAGGCCAUAGGAACUCACUAAUGUAGUGGCGCAUGCCACAAUGGCUCCACUCCAGUUCUCUAAUCCCACAAAGUCGACUGGGAAAUAUGCUACAGUAGAAAGAAGGAGUAUGUACAUAGCCAGACCAAUGUACCUUGCCUCGUUGAAAUUUUCUGGCAGUUUUCUGGCCUUAAAUGCUUGUAUAGUAGAAAUCAAGGAAAGAAGAAAAAUGUAGCAGUUGAUUGCCACGUGAAGACCAAACCCGCCUCUGGAGCUAUGCGGCUGACACGUUAGGAAAAUGGACUCGCCUCUCUGAAUUACCCGUCUAAGGGAUGGUGGAUCAAGAAUCAGCCAAGAUGUCAAGAGACAAAACACCACUCCGUUAAGUAAAACCAUGAAACUCGCUUGAAUUUUCGUUGUUAAGAUGAGCUGCUUUGUAGUCCUGUCGAUGAGAUUAGCGUGAAAUACGCUUAGAAUGCGGAGAGUUUUAAUCAUCAAAGUAGCUACGAAUGUUCCCAAUGAAGCGUAACUAAAACAACACCUCAAACGGCAAAUCAAAUUGGUUGGUUUAAUCAAGCUCAGAAAUGUUUGUGCAAAGAACAUGGUUAUAGAAAGUUGUAGAAUUGCGCUUAGCUCACGACUUGAGGCCUUGACAAGAGGCGUUUCUCGGUAUUUCAAUAAAAUAACGGACGAAAACAGUGUUAGUAGUACGCCAAGAGACACAAAGCCAGUUAUAAUUAAACCAGUGAUGUCUGUUAACUUCAUAUUAGCAAUUGGUAAAUCUUCACAUUUCGUUCGUUCAUUGUUGGUUCUUUGAUCUUUUGCACAUUCUGAACAAUUUGAAGAUCCAGGAAGUGGAUUUACUGAUCCGAUAGGACAAUUUGUACACUCCCAACAACAAGUAGUUGUAGCAGUCUGCAACGUCCCAGGAGGGCAUGCAAAUGAAAAGACUGAGGUCGGUAUACUGGUCGAGUUUAAAAAACUGCUGCUCCAUUUGAUCUUUUCAUUGUCAACGUGGAGUCUUUUCUUGAAAGCCUUAUCCCAUGAACCCACAAUUACUUUCUGGUAUCGUUCAUCGCCACUUCCAGAUCGCUUUUGGAAGUUGAUGAUGUCAUAAGACGAGAUCAAAGGGUCACGGCCUCGUCAAAUUCAACCUUGCCUAGUCAACCUUGAAAUGAAACGUUUCUUAAGUACAAAUCGACAUCAAGCGGUUUCACAGUUGCGCUAGUAUCGGGACAUUUGCCACCCGGAAGAAGACUGUACGGUUCUACGCAGAAAUAUAGCUUAUGAAGAGCGUGUGCAACGGCAUACACUGCUUCAAUGACAUAAGGGAGGAAGGUAUCGUACAAUUUAGGAAUUACUCGCCAAGACAAUGUCGUGUUCUCUUUGCAGAUAUCCAAACCUUUAGAUUGAUUUACUGAACAAUUCAAUUCAUCUCUCCAUACGUCUUCCCACCAGUGCGAAAGGCGUUUUUCCUUCACAUCCUUCGGGGCGAAAGUAGAUAAAUAGGAUUCAAAGUCCUUGCUUUGGUAAAAUCGGGGCUGUACUCCUAAGGAUCCGUCUAGGAUAUUGAAGAUAGUACGGACGUGCCUCGGUUGCUCAGAUGCAAGGGCAUCGCUUAAAAUCCAGGUACGGUCGAAAAUUUGCUGCUUUUCUGCUUCUUUUAAAAAUCUUUUUCCAUAGCCGCCAAAUAGCCAAAGUACAAUGACUUUAACUUUUCUUUCUCUCUUCAGCUUUGAUAUAAUAAUUUUAAUCUUGUUCAUAUAGUUUAAACGCGGGAUGUAUUCUGACAGCGCAAUGCAAAAUGAUUUUCUUGUAAACGAUUCCUUUUCAAGAGCCCACACGCCAUACCUGCCAUAUGAGUCAUCAACAGCAACCGCCCCAACAUAGUUCCAACCGAAAUAUUCAAACAAAUCCGCCAUGGCACUCGCUUGCUGCUUGUCCGAAGGCACGGUCCUGUAAAAGUGCUUGUAAAAUGGUGAGCUCAAUUCCUCACUGGUAGCACCGAAACUGAUGGCAGGUACCCCCGCAACUUUGAGCAGACUUCCCACUAACACAGAACUUCCAGAAUCGCCAGGCCCUAUAACAGAGAUCAGGGGACUUACAUGUCCUGGUGCCGUUUUAUUUGGUGGUUGUGACGCCAAGAAUUCUUUGGGGCAUACAUAAUUCGAUUCCAUAUCUUUCACAAAUUUAUAAGUCGCAUUCACAGCAAGGGAGGCGCUUUCACAGUAGUCAUGUAUGUCGUAGCCCAAAGUUAUGUUUGGCAGUAGUUUAGGAUCACUGUUUAUCCUUUCAAUGGCGUAAAUCAUAGCUUGCACAUGUCCUAAACCGGGAGCAUGAAAAUCGCCGCAGUCCUCAUUAUUGGUACCUUUGUAGUGAAGAAAGAAUAGGCCGCGCAGGGUAAAGUUGCUAUGUUCUGGCCCUUGAAUGUUCUUGCUGGAAAUUUUGUUGUGAUGUUGCGCUGUGACUGGGAAAAACAAAGUCAAGACGAAGAAGAUUCCCAAAGGCUGGGUGUACUUCAUUUUCCAGUACUUUAAAGUCUCCAAAACUCGUCUCUUCUCUGCUCUGACUAUCUUUCGAUUGUUGUAUAAGGGAGCUCGUCAAUUCAAAGCUUUCAGUUUUCUUUUUACCUUGACUACAGAGAAAAUGAAAACAUUUAAAAGAAGUUAGCGCUAUCUUAAUCAAAGGCCUUUGACUGGCUUUAGAUUUCACCGAGUUUACAAUGAACUGCUGAUAAGGCAUCUGAUUAUGGAAGCGCGCUUAAUUAAAAAAGCUUUCUAUCAAAGGAGGCUGACAAUUAGGUGUUGAAAAUAAUGUGCAAACUGGUUCUUUAAGCUGUCCAAAUGAACUAAGAAAACAGCUAGAAUGAAUGUCUCCAUUUAAAUAAUUCAGCUCGGUUCCAGAUUGAAUAAUCUCACAAUAAAAGGCAUCUUUGUGAAAAUCAAAUUGUGUCUUCAUUAAUAAAAAAAUUGAAGGACGUAUAAACAUAUCCCCACCCCACAUAGGAAAAACCCAGGGGCGUGUUUUGGUUUUGCUACUGGAUGAUCCUGUGAGGAGAUCUCCUAUUACAUUAUAUGUCGUAUUGUUAUUCAAAAUGGAUUUUAGUACGAAUCGUUAUAAAAAACACUCAAAAGUGCAAAAGUGCAAAACAUCCAAUUUUUCUCCCCCAAAAAAAAUGACUCGAAGGCAUGUUACUUCUGAUCAUAGCGACCCAUCGUUACUUUAAGGUUUUAUAUCAAAAUGUGUGGCAUACCUAAUAAUAAAUUUUGUUUACCUAAUAUGACUUUUUUUAAAUGGCUGAUUGUCAAGAUUUGUGAACCUACAGUAGUUAAUGUGUAUUUAUAAAUAGUCUGGUAGAGUUACCUCCCCCCCCUUCCCCCACCCCCCCAAAAAAAGAAAAAAAAAAAAGACAGAAAGAAAGAAAAGAAGAAGAAGAGGAACACCUUCACACGUCACCCAAUGUAUCAGCUGCUCCGAUCCAAGAUUCAAUCGAAGCUCUCAUUCUGGUUUGAUCUAUUUCAAAAAUGUAGAUUACCUCUUUUCAAUUUCAAAUUCAGGUGAAGAAAAUAGUACUUUGGUCAGACAUUUAUUUGAUUGGUCCAAUUGGGAACUAAAAUUCACAAAAUACUAAAUCUUACCCAAGCAGUCCAUACUUCUUUAAUCACACAACGUUAGCCAUUUGUCUCCUUCUUCCUCCAUUCUUUUUGCACUUAUGGACCGUACUAUAUAAUUAACUAAAACUUUUAUUGCUUGUGUGAAAAUGAGUAUUUUGAUUUUUCAGUAAUUUAAUCGAUCGUCUUGAAUUAACACCACUUUCAAUUCCUACACGAAGACAUUCAAAAAUUACGUAACGAUAUUGUUAUUUUACAUCUUUCUCUAUCCAACUCUCUGUAAACAUUAUAAUCCUUCAUGUUUUCUUUCUUUAUUUAGUCCUUAAAUGUAUUUUCGUUUUUCUUUAAUUAGUUUUGUUGCUGCGGAGCGACCGAAGGGAGCGAGCAGCAACAUAAUCAGGAUUUAAAGGAAAUAUAUUAGGGGCGAUGAAUUCUCGAAUUCAUCACUUUUUACCACAAUGCAUUGCAUUUAACCACACUUUUUACCACAAUGCAUUGCAUUUAACCAGAGUGCAUUGCGCCACGAACAACUCAAAUAAAAACACGGGGAAGUUCGGUGGGUGAGAGAGUGCAUCGUUCGCUGCUCAGACUUAGAGUUUUCUUUGUGGCAAAUUUUCUACAGCACGGUUAGAGGUCUUACCAAAUUUUAAGACACGCAGGAGUCUUUCAGAUGAGUACGAUGGUUAACUUGGGGAUUGGAUUUCAAUUCAAGAGCCUUUUUUGACUCAAGAGCCUUUUUUCUCUUCGACUCCGCAACACUGGGGAUAUACAAAUUCCAGCUUGCUAGAAGGUGAUGUGAAAGUGAGGAAAUGUCAUGCAAUGCUAUUCUUUAUAAGAAACUGUAUGAGCCGAAAAUGGAUGUGAUUUUGACCAUUCGCUUCAAAAUAACAGCAGAAAUCGAGAUAACAAAACAUAUGUUUUGUGUCCUACUUUGCAGACGAGGACGUGUAUCGGCGUUUUGAAAAGCAUAAUUAUGUUCUUUCAUUCAUUUAUUGCCAUGGAAUAUGCGUUUACAUUGUUUUUUCACUGUUAAUAGCUCGGUUAAUGCGGCUGGCGAUCAUCUUGCCGGCGGAAGUUUCAUGGAAAAGGAAUAAAAUGAAAGACUUUUCCUAAAGACUAUGCUAUCAGUCUCUGUGGUGUAGUGGUUAAGUGUAGUCGCGUCGAGUCGAAGGUGCCGGGUUCGAAUCCUACUGAGUUAUUUAUUCCUUCUUUCUUUUUUUUACCCGUUUUUUUUGUUGUUGUUUUCUAUAAAUAUAUAGCUAAAUAACUGUUACUUAAUAAAGUGCAACGAACAGCAAGAAAAGUGUUGUGUUUCCAGAGAAAAUAUCGUGCCCCGUAUAUUAAAGAUAUGGAUAAACGAUCUGAAUUUCUAUUAUUUCCUACAAUUUACUGUGGGAAAACCAGAGUUGAUAACUACUUGAUCAUUUUCUAAACAACGUUCCCACGAGUUCUUUCUAUAGACUGAUAGUAAUUAUUCUAGUACUUUCCAACAUGUAAAUAGGACAUUCAAUGUCAUUUUUGAUUCUUUUAAGUCUCACUGCCUAACUAAUGCCACUGAGUAUCAACAGAAUGUGCCGCAGCAUUACUAUCUUUUAGAUACCCUAGUUUUUAAUGAUAAAUAUAUAAUAAAAAAAGCAUCACGAAAUUCUUAGUAAACUAGGCUUUGUUCUCUAUGACGAACCCUCGGGAGCCCCAUGCAUCAUGCAGUCACCCCACCGUUGAAAUAAUAGGGACCUUAAGAUCCGAGGACGGCGACGGGCAGCGAAAACGUCCUUGAAAAAGUUAAUUCGCGUUUUUUCAAUCUUCAUCGCGAUUACUCCAAGUCACUAACUUUGUUAAAUGUAGGUGAACCCUCUUAAAAUUGAAUUCCUAAGAACCAUAUCCAAGCUCAGAAAUAGAGACGAAAUUUCGUCGUCGCUUGUGUACUUCCUUUGUAAAGCGUCGUAGUCGUGCAGUGACGGCAAAGAAAUGAACAAAAAAGGGUGAUACCUGCAAAAUUGUUGUUUUGGUUAUUAAAACUAUUGCUUUUUUGACGUCCUCGUUGCCGUCGCCGUCGUGGGAUCUUAAGGUCCCUAAUUGAUGGGAAGGGUUGUUGCAAUGUCGUAUGUCUUGUUUGCAAAAUCAUAGGAAAUUAAGGGGCAAAGUUAAUCAGAUAAUGAAUAUCAAGAAAUUAUCUCGAGUUGCUUAUAGUGUUCAGAUUUUUUCUGUUUUAAAUGCCCUUGGAUAGAGGACAAUAUAUAUUUUCAGUCUUAAAAAGGUCUUAGAAUUUCAGACUGUCCAUCGCAAUAGUCUUUAGAAAUCAAAUAAAGUUAGUCGAAAAGAUUUGAUAAGAAUCUCCGCCCUUUCCUGUCCGAUUACUUGUUUAUAUUUUUCCUCUGGCAAUUACCACCAAAGUACAAUUUACAAUUUCUGCAAGUGUCAAAUAACAUUUCGUUUUAUUCAGUUCUCUUUCAUCUCGAAGAUUUACAUAGUUUAACUUAAAGUUACAUCAAAAACGGCUCAUCGUUGAAUUAAACGCUGUUCCCUAUAUAGCGAAGAUUUUAACACUAUGAACUCUUGGGCUUGUUUUCUGUUGGCUCUCAAUCGUCUUUCAGCUCCAUCUCCCGGUAACAGUCCAAUUUCCGUGCAGCUUCGCACAAACUUCGUCGAUAGCUGAUCACUUUUCUCUGGGAAAAAAGGAUGUAAAUAAAAGCAUGGUUACGAAAAAAAAAUUAGAAUUUGAUCAUUAUUAUAUAUAGCGAUGCUAAGAGCACCUUCGAUGUGCGGUCAUAAGGAUACCAAAAUAUUUCUAAUGAAUUUUUCGCUUUUUGUCGAUUGUUGUUUACCUCGCUUCUUUUGCCUACGUCCAUACAGUCAGAUCCGUCGGGUCCGAGGGACACUAGGAGAAGAGCAAUAAACACGACAGAUAACAAUACUGAUUUCAUUUUCAGGACUCGAUCUUUUGUCAGUGAGGCUGUACUUAGUUUAAAGGAGUGAAGAACAAAUUGGAUUGUUGCUACUGCGUGGGACAUCUUAUAUGGACUUGCUGUUGGAGCAAUUAAUCAAAUUGUGUUAGAUUAAUAUUAGAGUCGAAAGCUACCAAGGUGAAAUUAUAAGCUAUUACCAAAAGGGCGGAUGGUCAAAUUGUUCUUUGGUUGCAAUUAGACGAAAUUUUGCUUCGAGAUACUAAAUGCCUAAUUGCUGCUCAAAUUAAAGAAAUUGUGUUAGCUUCUAUUAGUAACAUUACUAUUAGGAGUACAAUAAGGUUACAAAGGUAAAUAUAAUAAGAUAAAUAUUGAAAGUUUUAUUAUUAUUAUUAUUAUUAUUGUUGUUGUUAUUAUUAUUAGUCAAAUAGACGGUGAACUUGCACGGAAUUACCUGGGGCUUGACAUGUGAUUAAUAAUUCGGAAGGAAAUAAUAAGUCACAAAUUCAUCUCACCUCAAGGUGUAUUUCUGCACGUGUCACGUGCAAUCAUGCUCACCGCGGAGUAAAUAAAUGAUGUCUUCAAUUUAGUCUCCCAUUCAGACGUUUUCCCUCCUCAGGCAAUCUUCAGACUAAAGUUAUAUCAUUUAAAGUUGAAAGAAAUACACGGGACAGGUUCACGGUUAAGCGCAUGCUCGUGAAUCGUUUUUUUUCCAAUUUAUUAUUACUUCUAUCGGUUAAUAAUUCCACUCACAUGUAUCUCAGCAAUCUCAGAGUGUAUUUCAAAGUACAAGUGUAUUUCAGAGUAACGAAGAAUGAUGGAGGAGUGCUAAAAUCGCAAAAAAAAACUGGUGGAUUAUGCCAACACUACCAACGUUGAAUUUUUUGUUGAACCGAAGGUUUUAUUCCAUGGUUGAUUAAUUUAUAGCUAUUUGCAAAUAUUUAAGUUACUCGACUGCAAGUGACUGUCGGGGGAGUGUGCAGAUUGGUCCUUUGACAACAUUAUGACAUCAUCAUAUUGCUCGCAUAGACGAUGCAGCAUGUAUACAGCAUAGCAGAAAAACAGCAUUUUGAUUAAUGAGCAUGCGCUGAACCGUGAACCUGUCCCUUUAAGGCAUGACUAAACAAGGCAUCCGUGAGUUACCCAUAGUUUUUUCUUUGGUUUACCAUACUGGCCCCUGGAUAACCACAAUGAAUUUAAAAAUGUACAGUUAUAUUUUGUAUAUAUUUUAUAAAAAUAUUCUUUGACACUUAAUUAAAGUGUUUUCACUUUUAUUGAGAACUAGAACAAAUUGGUUGAAACACUUGUCACAAUCAAGCAUGCGCAGUAAGGUCAUAUGAUGGCUCUCUCUCCUCUUUACGUACGGCACUAUUGUCAGCUGAUCUAUCUGGGUAAUUAAUAAAUUACUGAAAAUAAAUUCUACAAAGCGAAACUCCAGAAUGAUCUCCAGUCUUCAUACUAUGAAGAUAAUUUAAAAGUAUAAAGAAUAUGAAAUCCUUGCCACCGGCUUUAGGUUUAAUUUGCCAUUUAUAUAGUUAUUCUUUAUUUCACUUGCUCAUUUUAAGAUAACACAUGAAGUGGUGCUUCUUAAGACCGUUCAUUUAAAUUUCUUUUUACAAUAAAAGCCAAGGCUUUAUCUCGUUUAACGCAUCUAAUACAUGUAUAUGUGCUGAUUAUUCCCUUGCUUCUUGCCACGAUGGCAUAUCUUCUUGCUCCUAGUCGCAACUCAAUUUCCGCGCAGCUUAUCACAAACGUAACAUAAUUAUUAUCAUCAUCAUCGUCACCAUCAUCCUCGUCAUUAUCAAGCUUUUCAAUGUAUCUGUCUUAAGUAAAGCGCCAUUUUACUAGGCCAAAACCAAAAUGCUCGAUCAGAUCGUGUGGAAAGACUUUAUUAGGACCGCCCGGGAUCAUUCCCGGCCUAAGUAAGUAAGUAAGACCAAAAUAUUGUACAACUAUCCCGCGAUGGGGAGGUGUACAGUAAUUUUCAAGGAGUUAUAAUAACUCCUCUAGUGGGGUUAAUUUUACUCCUUACAGUGGAGUUAUUCUUUGGUGAGUUAUGUUAACUCCAAAAAGGAGUUUAAAAAGAACUCUUUUUCAGGGGUAAAAAUGACCCCAGGUAUUGAGGAGUUAAAAUAACCCCCAAAAAGGAGUUAUCCUGUACCUAAAAUUUUUACUCUACUUUCAGGGUUAAAUUAACUCCAAAAAGGAUAAAAAGAACCCAUGUAACGAGCAAAAAUAACUCCAUUUUCGGAGUUAUUUUAAUUCCAGACCGGGAGGAAAAAGAACUCUUUUUCAUGAUUAAAAAUGACCCCAAAUUUGGAGUUAAAUUGGGAGUUGAAGCAACCCCCCAAAAGGGGUUAUCCUGUACCUAAAAUUUUUACUCCAUUUUUGGAGUUAUAAUAACUCCUAAAAAAUUACGGUGUGAAUAGUGCGCGCGAAGCGUCGAGGUAUAAAUCUAGCGCUAUGAACCGACCCUGAGGGGGAUAGUUGUUUUAGUAUUUACCAAAUCAGUUUACUUGAGUUUGUUUACGUACGUUUCAACUGACAGUAUUUUGGGGAUCAUUUUUUCUUACGAUUUUGUUGCAAAUUCAGCGAGAAAAUUUUUUUCCAUCGACCAGUAAACAGCGACAAGCCAAAUUUUGUCUCUUACUUGGUAUUUUUUGGCACAGCUACUUCAGUUACCGCUAAAAUUUCAUCUUUCGAAACUGUCGCGAAACGAGAAGCCAUUUUGAAUCCCGCCCCAAAACAGUGAAUGUCCAAUGAUAUUUCGCGUUACGGGAGCCAAUCAGAACGCGAGAAAAUUGCUAGCCACUGAUUUGGUGAAUACUAAUAGUAGAUAUCUAUUAACAAGUUUAUCAUAUAGUUAGAACCCUUUUCUUCAAACAUAGUUAUACAUUUUUUUUUCUAUUUUCUUGUACCGUAAUAUUAUUAUUAUUUCAAGAAACCUACUCUCCCUGGCUUCUUGUUACUGGGCUGCCCGGCAAGCCCAGUCAUAAAAUGGGUUUUCGGUCGUCGGUGUCACAAAGUGGUCAUCCGGGGGAGGCAAAACACGAGGGUCUGGUACGUAGAAACGAUGUUCUCACAAAUGGUUUCAUAGGGUUUUCUCUUGCAUGAACCCUUGCAUGGAUACUUUUUGUACCUUGUCUGCGCUCCCCCUGAAAAACCCACAAGGCGUUGCGAACCUGAAGAAGGCUAUUUGCUUUGUUCGAAGCUAUUCGAUCAUGGGAGUAACUCUAUAAUUUUUUUAUUGUUCGAGUUUAAGUCAGUUAGAUGAUGUUGGCGCUGGGAAACUCAGUGAAGUGCUCGCGUUGCAUUCAAACCGACACGCCGUUCACGGUAGGUUCACACUAAAAGACUGAAAAGAUGACUGUGAGCGUCAGGUUUGGAACGCCGUGGCUGCUUCGUGAACUAUCGAUCGAUGUAGUACAUGAGUAAUUAAGAAGCACAAUUUAUGAGCAAAGUAUUUCACCAGUUGACGACACUAUGGCUGAAGACUUGAUUGUAAGCCGUCAUAGUCAGGGAAGCGAACAACUCAGUUGCCAAUGAAUGGCAGAUGAAUCCUGAUGUGAGGCACGUCCAUAAGCGAGGGACGUGACAACUUUGCCAUGUUAGAAGACUGGCUUUUCCUUUAAAUAUUUCCUUCUAUUUAAUGCAACACACGCCACUUUGGAGAUCUAAAUUUCGUAUAAUGAGGAUAAAGAAGACACGGACAAAAAUAGGAACUCUGAAAAUUUCGCACACAAGUUUAAAGCUUCUCCGGGACAUCCCAUCCGGGAGGUUCACAGAGAGCGACUUGAGGAAAAUAGGAGCUAUUACUGACAAGGUUUGGUGACUGAGUAGAGCAUACAAGUGUACCCCACGUCGAGGUUUCAGGGGGUUUGCUUUUGUUUGUAUGUGUAUCUUGCUAAGCUUUUGUUAUUAAAUUUGUACAAGAUCUUGUGAUCACAAUUCUGUGUUUUCGCCCAUUCAGCAAGCACGCUAUAUUGAUGUCAGCGUUAGCGAGUUUCAGAAACAUGGCUUUGAAAAUUUUCAGCUCUCGUGAUGUUUCUUGAUAUUUCUUUUACCAUUUUAUGGAGAUGUAAACUGAAGUCACCGCAAAAUGGAAACUUAAAAAAGCGUAUAAUCCAUUUAUCUCGAAACAUAACACACAUGAUUUAUAACGACCUUUAUUUUCGUAAAGGUGUUUUGAAUAAGAACGAACUCAGUCAAUAUGAGGGGCAAAAACAGCAUUAAUAUAAAUGAACCAUAGGAUUUUGACUAAUAUAAGGGUCAAUUAUUGUGCAUUGAGAUGAAUCGCGUGAAAAGAGAGACUUCGCUUGAAGAUGUGAUCAGAAGUAAACAAAGGCAUAAUAGUGCGUCACGUUCGGUCUUUUUAAUAUCCAAGCAGUCACUGUGAAUAGUGUUUCCAUAUUGUUUAGCUGGCACAAAAACCUCGGACGAGUUAUAAAGUGGCAUAGUUUCCAUGAAGAAAAGUUAGUCUUGGGUGAGACAAACAGAACUGGAGCGAAUUUUUAACUCACAUCGGUAUCAGGUAAAAAAUAUUUUAUCGAUCGUUUCAUCUAUUUACAUUGUUUGAAGAAGUGCGUGCUAGUGAACGCAACAUGCGAGCGAGAAAUCUUUAAACUUGUUUAGGUCUCAAAAUGCAAAGGAUUUUAUUCCUUUAAGUUAGACAAAAAUACCGUGAGGAAAAUCUUAAAACUGAAUACUUUUCAUCUUGUGGAAAAAUAGUGCGUUUUCAUGUAGACUGUGGACCGCAAAUUAGGAUCGCACUUUUCACAAACAUGCGAAUUCUGGAGUUCAGAACCCAACCGACGAUUGCGUUUUUCGCUGCUGUCAAUCAUCUUAACGGACCUCUUAGGAAACAAAACUUUACUUCACGGGCUCAAAAGGUCAUGGUUUGUGAUUUGUGGAUUUCGAUCCGUUCUGUGUGUUUCUCUGUUUUAAGGUUCGUUGCUUGUGAUCGUAAUUAUGAUUGACGGCAGCGAUAAACAUAAUUGUGAAGGUGGCUUUUGAACUUUAGAGUUCGCAUGUUUGUGAAAAGCGCAGUAAAGUCUCCGUGCAGUUAGUGAGGCCCCUGGAUCAGGCGGGAUCAAUGGGCAGUUAACUGUCUGUUUUAGUAUACUUCUGGUUUUCAUACAAUACAAUAUUUCUGUCUAGUGUAAAUCAGCUCAGUCUGUCGCAUUUUAUGCUCGUAGAAGGACAACAAUUUUUGGAAUUUCCGGUUACGUUAAAUUAGUCAUGUUAUACUGUCACGCUAUAUUUUGGGGCACAGAGGGAUUGGGGGAGGGGUGCGUGGAAAUAAUGUAAAUUGUUUCCUGUUUAGAAUUAAUGGCUAACUUGUUUAUUUUUAUUCACAAUGGUGGAAUUUAAAAGUUAUUAUACAGCCCCCACUUAAAAAUGGUACUCUUUUUUUUUGGUUACGAAAGUCUUUCAAAAGGGUACAAUGUUCUGAAUGAGUUUAUGUUUCAGUCUCACAUGAGAUUCUGUUGCAUGCAAUGGUUGCCAACAAGGUUUUAUGGUUCCAGCCUGGGCACCCGGCCAGUGGAACAACUUUUUACCGUAUAGCCACCCCUUUUUCGUAAAUGGAAAGCCCCUAUCAGAAAAAAGCCUGAGUAGCCCCCUCCCCUUUGCAGCCCAGUUAAAAAUCGCCUUUCGGCGAUUCUUGUUUGAAUUGAAAUGAAAUGUUUUUUUAAUUGAAAUGAAUUUUUUUAAUUGAAUUGAAUUGUUUUUAAUCGAAAUGAACAGGAGCCUAUGAAAUGAAAUGACUUGUAAAUAGUGCUUUGACCGAAUAAUUUUUUUUUCAGCAAAAUUAAUUGUAAAUAGGUUUUAAUAGUUACCUUUGUGGUCAAUAAAAGGUUAUUAUUAUUUUAUUAAAUAAUAAUAAUAAUAAUGAUAAUUAUUAUUAUUAUCAUUAUCAUUAUCAUUAUCAUUAUCAUUAUCAUUAUCAUUAUCAUUAUCAUUAUCAUUAUCAUUAUUAUUAUUAUUAUUAUUAUUAUUAUUAUUAUUAUUAUUAUUAGUGAUGAAGAAAGAAUCCAUAUCAAACAGAUCCCGGCUUCCUGGUUCUUCUUCCCAAAGAGCGCACGCUUAACCAAUAGAGCCGAAAAGGCAAUAGUUUUGAAACUAAGUAAAAAGCAGUAUCGGUUAGCUGCCGUGAAAACAUUAGGGAACUGCAAUACUGUGGACAGAAAAGGAACAAGAGUUUCCUAACCAAAGUUUCAUGAUAUCAGUUGAUUCUUUGGACUUUAAUUUUUGAAUAACGACUCUUUUUUGUUUGCUUAAGCAGACGAGAGUGGCUGCAAGUAGGGCCUAAGACGUUCUGCUCCACAUUGAAUUGAUGGCAGCUUUAUACUGCAUCUUACCAUCUCCAGAUGCUCCUGGCUUCUUUUGUUGACGGCUUAAUUGCCUCACGAAUAACUUUAGCUUUUUGGUUCUGAAUUUGACAAUUCUUUUAAUAACCUUUCUGACUGAAAUACUGAAAUAUAAUGACUUAAUUAUCGCAAGGCAAAUGUAAAAGGUGAUCACUAUGAUGUGUUAUAAAAACUAUUCAAGAAACUUAUCAAUAAGCUUGCUAUAAUUUGUUAUCAAUUAUUACCAUAAUUAUGAAUGCGGCGCCAACUCGGCUACAAUUAGGAGCGCGAAAAACUAUUAAUAAUUAACGAAAACGUUUAUUGAAAUAAUGAGGAUUCACUUUCAAAACAAAUUAAAAGGUAGUUUAAAGCGAGACGCGAGCGGGAGGGAAUAUAUCGAUUAGUUUAUUACGUAGCGUCCAUGAAACCUGAAAUUACUGAAUUUCAGCUAACGUCACGGCGGCCCUGUUGGUUGAAGAAAACAAGAGCGUUUCUCUUCGCUGGGAAUAUGCGAAUUCUACAGCUAUGCAACAAAAGUGCUUUUUACAUGAGAAAAGAGUGCAAUCCCCGCAUGAUUUUUUUGGUACACCAACGUGGCCUCUGUUUCAUUGUUUUGUACACCAAUAAGAAUAAUAAUGAUAAUAAUAAUUUAUCAUUUACAAGGCGCAAAAUAGCGUUUAAAUAUAUGAUCUAAUGCGCAAUAUGGCCGCAAUGACGUCUUGUAAAACGGUUUAAUCAAACAACAUUGCUGCCUGAUCACAUGGAUACAAAUAAAGAAUAAUUAUCGACGAACGCAUUUUGUAACUGUUUUUCUUUUUUUGGAAUGUUACGUUUUAACUAGGGUUUAAAGGUUCAUCAUGGACACCAAUAAUAAUUAUAAUAAUGAUAAUAAUAAUUUAUCAUUUACAAGGCGCAAAAUAGCAUUUAAAUAUAUGAUCUAAUGAGCAAUAUGGGCGCCGUGACGUCUUGUAAAACGGCUUAAUCAAACAACAUUGCCGCCUGAUCACAUGGAUACAAACAAAGAAUAAUUAUCGACGAACGCAUUUUUUAACUUCUUUCUUUUUUUGGAAUGUCACGUUUUAACUAGGGUUUAAAGGUUCAACAUGGAGAUGACACAGCCACAGUAUAUCCAUUCUUGUCUUUAAUGAAUAGCAGUUUAUUUGUUUAUCAUACGCGGUUUGCUAAACUUUGGUGACACUUGGUCGCUAUGAUUACGGGAUAUGAUGUGAAAAUUAGCGAAGAAGCACUUGGUUUAGACCUCCAGCAUGUAAAAUGCUUACUUUCUCUCGAUAUGUUUCUCCCUUAACAUAAACUUGUAUUUCUCUGUAUUAAACUAAUACACUAGAAACUUCUGCCAUAAUCGAUUAGCUUAGAGCAGUGGUAUUUCAGCUUAAUUUGAAAUACCGUCCUUAUUCUACAUGUGAAAAUUACACUGAAACCUUUGUGGGUAGUAGUAAUAUAGGUUAUGGCUAGAGACAACAAUUGCCCCGUUGACGACAGAAGAACAAUUAAACCUGUGAAACUGUGUUGCAAAUGGAGGAUCUGAGGAAGGUAAUGGCAAUUGGAAGUAAAAACUGGGUGGUUUCUUUAUGUUGCGGACAGGUGCAAUCAGCAAAUGACGUAAUACAAAAGUCUAAACAGAUACUGAACAAUACCCACCCAAAACGAAUAAGACACCUACUCAUCAGUUGCUUCAAUAUGCAGCAUCAACUGGAUACACCCAGCAAUUGGUAAAACCAUAACUGGAAAGCCGACAAGUUUAUCUAACAUUGUUGGAUGAUUUUGCUUAAGAAAGUCAAUGAAUAGUUUAAAAAGCCGGGGUGAAGGCUUAGGGGUUGUUGCAAAUUUAAAUAACAUCGUGUUCAGUUAUUUAUAAGUGACAUGUAAGUGAAAGUUCAUUACCUCUAUUUUAUGUAGUUGGCGUACUGCUAAUUAAAGACGUGGAGUUACUCUCUAAUAGCGUAUAGCAAAAGCGGAAGUUUAGUGCAUAAUAAGACGAUAAAAAUUCCAGGAUAUAGUAGUCAAUGACGAGGAAAAUACUUCUUUUAACGAAACAAAUAAAUAUCUUUAAGAAAUAUUCUAUAAGUAAGGAUUCUGACAUCGACGCUACAGAGCCCGAAUUGUCAAAGAAACAACAUGGAUCUGUAAACGGCCUGGACGCAAGUAAUAAAUAGACUGGAGAGAGUCGAUUUCUCUCUCUUUUAAACGCCUCCCAUAUCUGUUAAACGCCAGCGCUUGGGCUCCUAAAAAAACUAAGCAGCACGAUCGUCAAUUAGACAAUUUAAGGUACAUGUAUGAGGUUCAUUACCUUCAACCUUCAAUGAUUUUUCUAUUCCGCAAAAACAAAUGGUCUGCAUCUUAGUUUCAUUGAUGGAUUAAGAGGUUUGAUGGCAAACUAUAGGAAACUGAAAUUUAUUGGGAAUUGACUUGAAUUUUGAGAAUCAGAUAAGUAAUUCAUAACAGAAUCACAUCUGCAGGACUGGCGUAUAUAAAUGCAUGUACGUGUUGGUUGAGUGCAACAACAGCACGCUUAAUAUUAACGUGGCAACAAGUCGGUAGCUUUAUCCAAACAGUCCCACAUAGAUUUUUAAUGUUUAGUUUCUAAAUUGCUCGCAUAUGUGUAAGCUUUGUAAAUUUUCUGACUCAGUUUUUGGCCGAGAGAAAGAUCUGGGUAUCAGAUCAAUAUUUAAGUGUCUCGUCCCAUGUAAAGCAAUCCGGAUUCUCGAAUCCGGGAAAUCUUUCCUUUUGAAAUUGGGAAUCGUGGGCUUUAGAAUCCGGAAACCAGCUCAAGGAUUGGAAUCAAAAAUCUAGUACCUGGACAUCUCCGAGAUCUAUACGGUGGAAUCCAGAAUCCAUGAGAUAAUGGCCCGCUUGGAUUACUUUUCAAAUUUGGGACAAGGGUGAAAACGUUUAAAAAAUAAAAGAGAACCAUGGGCACAAAAACAAAAUAUUCAUAACCUAUACAAUCUUUUUUUAUUUGUAUUUCUGUUUGUAUGUUGGAACUUUAUUUAUUAUCUACGGACUUUUUGUUUCACUACAUCCUACAAGUUAUACGUUAUCACUGCUCCUGCUGUCGAUCUUUCUCUAAUUCCCGCUUGCAUGCGCAAUCCAACUCACGAGCGGCUGCACAAAUACUGCGCCGGUAGUUCAGCCUCGUGUCCUAAAAAAAAAAAAAAGAAGGUUGAUUUCUGUAUUAGAGGGAAACCAUUUUAAAUACAUGUAGGCACCCUGUGUUAGAAUUUAUUAGCCUCAGAAAUUAAAGUCAUGAACUUUCCAUACCAUAUUUUGUGUAAUAAUUAAACCAGUCUUUGUGAGAGGUGAACUUUAUUUUAAUAAAGCUCCCCUCUCACGAAGCAAGCACGGGUUUAAUCAUCAUGAAAGGUUUUUCUGUAGUUUAAAGAUGACCACAAUUUUUUUUGGGUGAUGACAAACACCAAUUAAGCAAAAAACAUGACAAUGAACACUAAAAAGGCGGAAAGUAAAUUUUCGAAAGUUGGUUUAGCGUCCUUCCUGUGGGAAAAGUUGUCAUCUUAACAAUCAUUACAAAAAAAAAUGGCUUACAAUAAAAAAAAAAUGGUCAAUACCUUCUCACGUUUGUAUUUGCCGUUAAAAACCCCUGACGUCGUACAAUCAGUCUCUUUUACCAGCAGUGAAAACAAGAGCGUCAAACAAAGAAGAAUCAAUACUGUAGAUUUCAUUCUCGUUGUAAUGGCCGGUGGUUUUGUGAGCUCCUUCUUAAGGGAGGUACAGAGCACAAUAGAUCAGGUUGUUUUAACACACGUUCCCUCUUAUAAACGGGCCAGCUACCCAUGCCAUGCACCUGGAAUGCCACUGACAACACUUAAAAAAAGAAAUUUUUAUACUCCCUUGAAACGUCAGCGUUAAUUGCCUUUUACAAAGGCACCGGCCUUUGCAAAUGUUUGCAAAUGGUUUUUUAAUUUCUACAAAGGUAACCAAGUUAUAAUUGGAUAAAUGAGACGGCACACGUAGAACGAGUAAUGAUCUGAAAAUUUUCAGUGACAGCUUCAUUACGAUUAAUACAGCGGUCAGUGUUUAUUUACCAAUGCUCUACGUAGCAAUAAUAUGUCUUGUUUUUCUUUGCCGUUUUCUUUUCUUUGCAAUUUUGGUUUGUCAGGUCCUUCAGGUCUUCCUUAUCUUAUAAUUAUGGUUCCAUAUUUUCUAUCCCAUAUCACUUCAUCUUUUACUUGUUUGCAUGCAUAUCAACAUGGGGUGCGCAAUUAACACAGUUUACUUUUAAAAAACCUUUUAGUCUUUUUUUCUUAAAAAUAAGUAUUAACAAGAUUCAACGAGGUUGGGAACGAGGUUGUAUAUGUUGUGGUUCAAUUUUAUUCUUGGUAUAAAUUUCAUUUUCCUUUGUUUCAAACUCAUUAUUAUUUAUCAUCUUCAUUACCAUACCUAAAAGCAAAGGAAAACAAAAUUUGAACCAAGAAUAAAAUUGAACCUCAACAUAUACACAUGUAGGCAGUAAUGGCGCCUGUAAAACAACUAAUACAGGUAUAUCUACCUGUUUUUUUUUUUUUUUUUUUUUUUGUUUUUUUUAACCUUAGUCCUUGGCGCUAAAACAGUGUAUAACUAGCUUUUUUUUUUUUAAUCCUUAGUCUUUGGCGCUUGAAAAACAAAAUUUUUAUUUUGUUCGUAACGACAACUAACUGAUAUUCGUGGCGUAUAAACAGUUGAAACAAGCUGCUAAGAUAAGAGGCGUCUCCAGUAUGGAAAAACGAUGUCGACUGCCUCGAGAUCCGACCAGAAUUCCCGGGGAAAAACAAAAUUACUUAGUUUAGUACUUUUUUCGUACUGAUGAUUCUGGUAGUGAAUGGCCGUUACCUUUAAUGACCUAUGCAUUUAGCUUCUUUUUCUUUCCAGCGUGGUGCACAUUUGAAAAUAUCAAUCCAUGUCCGAGAAAAUUCAUCACCAGGAAAAUUAACUCUCCGACGUACAAGGGGGCAAUGCCAACUCCCCCCCCUCCCCCAAUAAGAUUAUCCUGAGUUUGUUUUUCCUAGAGGAUAAAACGUUAGCACCUGACGUUUUCAGUAGCUGUUCGUUCAUCCCUCGCGCAUAUUUUGAGGCAAGUUUAGUUAUAGUCCGUUGCUAUGGUUACAAGAUAUGACGUCAUAAGUACAAGGUGUCAAGCCAUUUUUGGGUGAAAAUGUAUGUUUUUUUCAACUUCUUUCAACAAAAAAAGCAAAUCUUGUGGCUAAAAUCGUGCAAAGUGCUUAUUUAUACGUUACCUUUUAUGUGAAGCACAAAAAAAUCACCAUUUCUAACGGUUUUAACUUGAUUUCCAAUUUGGAAAAAUUAGCAUAGCGUCAAAACAGUGAGUGUUGUAACGCUGAGAUUUGGUCGGUCCGUAGGCUAGAUUCGUCUCGAAGAUGUUGCAGGGAAUCAAUCUUAAUGAAAGUUUCAGACAUUAUUAUAAACAUCAUGAAGAUUAUGUGAUAAGGUUUAAAAAGAAUUCUGUCGAGCCGUUUAAGAGAUAAUAGAAAAGCGCUAGAAGUCAAAAUUUAGAAUACGGUUGCACUUAGAAAGGAGAAAAAAGAAAACAGGUCAGUUUUCAGGAUCGCAAGAAAGGAAAUAACCAAAAUUACCAUGCAUCGAAAUAUGACAUUAAGCAGCCUUCUGACCCUACUUAUGAUUAAUUUGAGUUAUUUAGAACUUUUAUUAAAAAAAUAGAAAAUUAUCACUGCUAUUGAAAACAUAAGGUUUGAAAUAUAUUAACGUUUCAUUUGAAUUUAAACAAACAGAAUUUUAAUUUUUACUUGUCAUGGAGGUUAUUUGUUAAAUACCAAAUCUGUAAGUUCCUGGUGUCGGAUUUUCAGUAGCAGGUCUAGAUCGCGCAAAAUUUGGAUUGAAUCGAUUUUAAAGGUUUUUGUUAUUGUUGUCAUAGUGAUAUCGUUUUUUUUUUCUAAAAACUGCAUCUUGACAAACUUCAGGUCAUAGUCAAUCACUGGUGAAAAUUUUGUGGCGAUCGGACAAGGACAAAAACACUUUUAAGGCGAUUGAAAAACAUCGGUAUGGUCUGCGAAAAACUAUAUCGAAACACCUUAACAAACGUACAGAUUUCAUGCUAUCAACUGCAUAUAGCUGCUUCUGUUCGUUGACCAUUAAUAAGCUGCAUCAAGAGAGAAUAUUGCGUUGCAGAGAGGGAAACGCCCAGUCUAGCCCCUGGGGUCAUGUAAAUUUCACCAAAGCUAUUUUUAGACCAAUUAAACCCGUGAAACUAACCUGAAGUUUGUUCCCGAAGAGGUCCGCAAACUUUUACUCAGUAUUACAUAUUCACUGGAGAGAAUUCAACAGCCGCAGGAGCCGAGUAAUGGGCUCCUGAUCUGAUAACCGUCAUCAAAAUAUUUUGAAUUGUUCGGUUUGCUUUGAGGCAGUCGUGGGUGGACUUGAUGACGUUUUCACCAAUCGAUUAAAAUGUGCGCACGUCUCAGGAAUGAGACCUCUAAGACCGUUUACCUCUGAAAGUUACUUUAGUGAUAUUUACUUAUUCACGCAGACGCCCUAAGAUUCCCUCUGAGUCCCAUUAUUCUCUCUAGGCUGCGUUCAUCUCAAAAAAGGCCUUUGAAACUUUUAGUAUUUUACUCUCCCAACUUGCGUUUAGUAAAUAGCAGUUUGUUUAUUCAUCAAACACGGUUUGACGAUCUAUGGUAAAAGUUGGUCGCUAUGGUUACGAGAUACUGACGACGUUAAUAGUCAUGAAGAGUCAUUUUCUUCAGACCUUUAGCAUGUAAAUUACAUACCUUCGCUCUGUUUUUUUUUUCCUUUCUUAGCAUAAACUUGAAUUUCUGGGAGGGGGUGGUUGGGUAGUGGGUGGUAGACCUGGUGCUUGAAAGAUUGAGAAAUCAAAAGCAAACACUUUAUAUUAAUCAAGUAAACUAAUAUCAGCAACUGUCUUUAUCUGUGUUAUUGAUUAUCCUCCCUUACAACAAUCCCUUACUACUGCAUUUUUUCUCAAAAAUGCAGGAGCGUGUCUUGUGUAUUUUACAUUUACUUGGCUAAACUUCUAUAGUGAAUGAGUAAGUAACAGCAGGUCAAACACUCAAGUUCUUAUUGCACUGUAGGAUGGUCAAUAAAAUUGGCCUAAAAAAUUGGUUCACAAAAAAUUAAAGUCAUCUGAAAACGAUGAUUAAGGUAUCAAAGCGUCGCCCAUGACUCUGUUGCGUGACACUGCAUCAACACGACUCACCUACUCAGAACUGUUUUCAAAGUAUAACGCACCCGGAAUUAGUGAGAAGAUGACAAGGUCAGACUUUCACCAUUUCAACUACUUGAAUGUAUAUUUUUAAAUAAUGGUGACAAACAGAAGCGAGUACAACGCUAUAAAUGGCUUUCAAAAGCAAAAAGAUGUAAUUUGUAAUACAAAUAUGGUCGACUAAGCUGAUCUUUCUUAAAUCGAUAGAAGCAAAUACAGAAUGAUGAGCACUGUUAACACUGAAUAUCUACACAUUUGAUUUUCUUAGAAUGAAGCUUUUCCUAUAAAAAAAAAUGAAACUAAAUUGAAAGCUUACGGCAAAACAAUAAAAACGAACCUGUAGUAAACGCAAAAUCGCGAAUGUUUCUUCUUUUAACGAGUGUCACAAAAUAGAUACCAGUACCCGGGCGAGAGAUACUGAAGGCCAGAUCUGGCAGCCAGUCCCUCCAAGAGGGCGCCCAAAGCGUGAAAUCGCAUGGUGUCUAGAACGAUACCCCUCAGGAUCCCCGGGGGGCUUCAAAAGUAAGCGUUCUCCUUUGUCGAACGCAUUAAGCUAUCGAACGCGAGGUUUUGGAGAAAAUUUUGACGAUUUUUGGUCGAGAUAUUGUUAAGCGAAGGUCUUGGAUAUUAGCCUUUUAGUAGAAGCGCUUUUACAAAUAGAAUUAAUUCCAAAUUCUUCAAACAUGGGAAGGAAGAAUAUGUCUUUUUUCAGAGGACAAAAAAACUCUCGAGAGAAAGAUAUCCUUAAGUCUUUGGCUUGAAGAGUACGAAGACUAUUUGUGGGAGGCUUGCACGCUUAAUUUCGGUCCUUAAAUCUCCGAAAGAAAUUAACGAUUAAGAAAGAAUAACGUAGCCAUGUAAAGCCUGGUUAAGAUGUAAGUAGGAAACGUCAACUGCAGCUAAAUGUGAAAUGCGCUGCAGACAACAAAAGCCAUUUUAUUGUUAAAGAGUGCACAAAAUUCAUUUUGCGCGUAUACCAAUAUUUCAAUUUAUCGGGGAAAAAGCAUCUGGCUAGCUUAAUUGUACAGAAAAUAAAUAAACCUGGGGCGCUAAAGAGAACAUCAAAGCAGUAACAUGAUUUAAUCUACAUAAUUAAUCGUUUGAUUUAUUGUUUUAUUUAGCCUUUAGUCAUUAUUAGUCUUCUUUGGCUUGCCAUUGAAAAUAACUUACGAUGCACAAUCAGUCUAUUUUGUUAACAUGCAGGUGCAGCCAAAUGCCAGUACGUCAAAAUAAGGAGAAGAUUCACCACAGUAGGUUUCAUUCUGAUUCCCAGUACAGGUUGUUGUUGUUUUUUUCAAAUUCAUUGGUUCUGAUCCUAAACUCCCCACUACCAUAGAAAUCACCUAUCUCCCUACACCCCAAAUUUUUCGAACUUGACUAUCGCAAAAUAAUGAUACUUUUAAACUUUCUAAUCAUUCUUUUCUCUCACUCCUCCAUAAGAUUAUGAUCAUUCGUCACUUCCGCAUUUCCCAUAAUGCAACUUAUUUGUUCCCCCCCCCACCCCCUCCCCCAAAAAAAAAUAUUGCAUAACCUUUGUUCUUCAUUUCUUCUGGGUAUCACAGCCGUCCAAAGAGAAAUUCAAAACAAUGCUUAUGCAAAAUUUUGGGGAGCAAACAAGGUGCAUUAUGGGAAAUGUGAAAGUGGCGUAUGAUUAUUAUUACGAUUAUUAUUAUGAUCAUCGUGGCUAUACCAGUGACGUGAAGAUCUAACUUCAUGACUUCCUCCCUCUGCACACAAGCUUUGCUUAUCCUCAAUAAUACGUCUCGGAUUAGAAGACAAUAAGACGUUUUUGAGCGACGCACGUCAACCGAAAGUGGUCUUUUUUCAUUUUUGGACGGUGAUUUUGAGCAAAUUUUAGAGGUAGUAAGUUUCUUCUGGUAGGCUGUGGGGUGAGUAGCAAACUAGUUGACUCAACACACGCGACUGACCCGAACACAUGCGACUGACCGAACACAAACGAACGACGAGAAUGGUGACGUCAACAAUCAUUUACAGACGACACAUCAAAUCUACUGGGACUCUGCGACAUGUAUUACGUAUUCUACAGACUACAACGAAUCACUUUAGAAAGCUGGUUUACUUACUUAGAACAAACGCCAUUGGAUCAUAGUCAACAGUUACCGGCACCGGACAAACGACUCGUGGUCGAAAUCAAGCAAAACUAACUACGAGACAACGACUGGAGAACUGACAAUUUGACUAACAAUAGACGACUGUUCAACUGUGACAAUAGACGGAUUGAAAUGCUCCAAUUGCAUUACGAGUCUUCAAAGCCAAUAACAUCACGGCUUAACUCCUUAACUGACACACGACCAAUAACAUCGCGACUUAAUUGACCAAUCAGGUCAAUAAACAGAGUAUAACACCAUCAACUGACGUGAUAUGACUCACUUUGACUCUGAAGAUAACUACCACACAGGUUAUCGAAACGUCAUUCACUGUCAACGACAACAGUCCCAUUCAGGGCUACGUUCACCCGGACGAUCAAACUCAAACUACUUUUGAAAUGACUUCUAGGUUCAAACCUGUCACAAAAUAAGAACUUAUUAAACAACCCUAAUAGCCUAAAUUUGUGCAGAUUACCAUUAAUUUUAUGUAAUAACCUCUUGAGGUAAUCUUUGGAAAAUGCAGGUUCUCAGUCGCGGGUUUUUACUGUAUUUCAGGGACUUGUCAUGUGACCAGCAUGGCAUCCACCAAGUCUCCGAGCUCCUAUGGAGGUUGAUAGCCCCUGUUUCACUCGUUCUUUAAUCUUGCUCACUCCGAUAUUUAAUUGCACCCACACAUAUUAAACGGUUUUAAUUGUUAUACUCAAAGUGUUUAAAACAAAUACAUGUACUCAUGACUGACCAAGUUGUCAUGAGAGUGUGCAAAGAUCAUUCUUGGAGCAAGGUCGCGAGGACGCUAUUCCCUCGCUCGAUCGUUCGAGCGAGAUUUUGCCCGCUACAACAAUGACUAGUAUAAUAAUUAUGCUUUCGUGGAAACAUUUCAGGUCAACGGUGAUUUUAAAAUUAUCCCGGCUGGCAAAUGGGCAAAUUAAAGUAAUAAUCUCUUUACCUGUAAUGACGACAGUAACUGUCCUUGAAAUACAAUACAACACACGUGCUGAGAAUCAAGUUUGGAAACCUCUUCAUGAAAAGUUCCCUGAUACUGAGCAGUGAAUGUUGUCCCCUUCUACCUUUGAAAACGUAAAAGGGUAAAGUUUGUUCCCCGUGUUUCUUCGAGGAAAGGUGACAGAGGAUUAAUUUGCAAUUGCAGGUCGGGAUUAAUUUGCAAUUCAACGUAUUAUUCUCUUUUUGUUGUCAAACGCGAUAAGCAAGCCAAAAAUCUCUAUAGCCAUUUUUAUCAUCAGUCGUAAAUACCUUCUACUGUAAAGGAGUGUGGUAAUUUUAAUAAUAAUAAUAAUAAUAAUAAUAAUAAUAAUGAUAAUGAUGAUGAUGAUGAUGAUGAUGAUGAUGAUGAUAAUAAUAAUUGUAAAUCUCAAGUAUUAAAUAAUUGA